AUGGCCGAGAUUUAUGCCAUCAAAACUCGCGUAAAUCUUGAAAGCGGGAAAGUUGCAAAAAUUUUACCACCACCAUCAGAUUCAGUGCCCUCGAAACGUUCUGACAGUGAACGCAGUUUUCAUGACAGUGAACUCAGUUUUCACAAUAGUGAACGGAGGUUUCAUGGCAGUGAACACAGUUUUCAUGACAGUGAACGCAAUUUUCAUAGCAGUGAACGCAGUUCUGAUGGUGAAAGCAGUUUUCAUGACAGUGAACGCAGUUUUCAUGACAGUGAACUCAGUUUUCAUAAUAGUGAAUGCAGGUUUCAUGGCAGUGAACUCAGUUUUCAUGACAGUGAACGCAAUUUUCAUAGCAGUGAUAGCAGUUCUGAUGGUGAAAGCAGUUCUCACUGUGAAUGCAGUUCUGAUGGUGAAGACAGUUCUGACGGUGAAUGCAGUUCUGAUGGUGAAGACAGUUCUGACGGUGAAUGCAGUUCUGAUGGUGAAGACAGUUCUGAUGGUGAAGACAGUUCUGAUGGUGAAGACAGUUCUGAUGGUGAACGCAGUUCCGACAGUGAAUUGAAUUCUGAAGAACCCCCCAGAAAGAAAUAUAAAAUAUCGAGUCUUACAUACCGAAGAACAAAGAUUCAUGAUGCCGUUUCCUGUUGGGAUAUCAUUACUCUUAAAGAGAUUCUUCAGAAUGAAAUGCACUUGGUAGAUGUGCAAGACGAAUAUGGAAAAACAGCCUUACACAUAGCUGUUGAACAAGGGAAUAAGCAAAUAGCAUUACUGCUAUUGUCUGUGGGUGCUGAUAUGAGCCUGCAAGAGCAAGCGGGCAUGACCGCUCUCCAUAUAGCUUUGAAACAUAGCUACGAAGAAAUAACAAAAGUUCUUACCAACGCAGACGCGAAGUAUGACAUACAAGAUAAAAAGGGUAAGACUGCCUUGCAUUAUGCAACAGAAAAGAAAUAUGUAGAAGUUGUAAAGAAACUUUUAGCUGCUGGUGUUAAUACCCGACUUCAAGACAAAUCGGGAAAGACAGCCCUCCAUGUAGCUUUGAAAAAGCGUAGCCAAGAUGCAGCAGAAUUGCUUGUCGAGGCAGACUCGGAAAACAACAUUCAAGAUAAGGAUGGAAAGACUGCAUUACAUUAUGCAUCAGAUCGCGAUUAUGAAGAAGUUACGGCGGGGAAGACGGCCCUCCAUGUAGCUUUAAAAGAGCGCAGCAAAAAGGCAGCAGAAUUGCUUGUCGAGGCUGACUCGGAAAACAACAUUCAAGAUAAGGAUGGAAAGACUGCAUUACAUUAUGCAUCAGAGCGCGAUUAUGAAGAAGUUGUAAGGAAGCUGUUGGCUUCAGGUGCUAAUACCCGUCUUCAAGACGAAGCGGGAAAGACGGCCCUCCAUGUAGCUUUAAAAGAGCGCAGCAAAAAGGCAGCAGAAUUGCUUGUCGAGGCUGACUCGGAAAACAACAUUCAAGAUAAGGAUGGAAAGACUGCAUUACAUUAUGCAUCAGAUCGCGAUUAUGAAGAAGUUGUAAGGAAGCUGUUGGCUUCAGGUGCUAAUACCCGUCUUCAAGACAAAUCGGGAAAGACAGCCCUCCAUGUAGCUUUGAAAAAGCGUAGCCAAGAUGCAGCAGAAUUGCUUGUCGAGGCAGACUCGGAAAACAACAUUCAAGAUAAGGAUGGAAAGACUGCAUUACAUUAUGCAUCAGAUCGCGAUUAUGAAGAAGUUGUAAGGAAGCUGUUAGCUGCUGGUGUUAAUACCCAACUUCAAGACAAAUCGGGAAAGACAGCCCUCCAUGUAGCUUUGAAAAAACGUAGCCAAGAUGCAGCAGAAUUGCUUGUUGAGGCAGACUCGGAAAACAACAUUCAAGAUAAGGAUGGAAAGACUGCAUUACAUUAUGCAUCAGAUCGCGAUUAUGAAGAAGUUGUAAGGAAGCUGUUGGCUUCAGGUGCUAAUACCCGUCUUCAAGACGAAUCGGGAAAGACGGCCCUCCAUGUAGCUUUAAAAAAGGGCAGCAAAAAGGCAGCAGAACUGCUUGUCGAGGCUGACUCGGAAAACAACAUUCAAGAUAAGGAUGGAAAGACUGCAUUACAUUAUGCAUCAGAGCGCGAUUAUGAAGAAGUUGUAAGGAAGCUGUUGGCUUCAGGUGCUAAUACCCGUCUUCAAGACGAAGCGGGAAAGACGGCCCUCCAUGUAGCUUUAAAAGAGCGCAGCAAAAGGCAGCAGAAUUGCUUGUCGAGGCAGACUCUACAAACAACAUUCAACAUUCAAGAUAAGGAUGGAAAGACUGCAUUACAUUAUGCAUCAGAGCGCGAUUAUGAAGAAGUUGUAAGGAAGCUGUUGGCUUCAGGUGCUAAUACCCGUCUUCAAGACGAAGCGGGAAAGACGGCCCUCCAUGUAGCUUUAAAAGAGCGCAGCAAAAAGGCAGCAGAAUUGCUUGUCGAGGCUGACUCGGAAAACAACAUUCAAGAUAAGGAUGGAAAGACUGCAUUACAUUAUGCAUCAGAGCGCGAUUAUGAAGAAGUUGUAAGGAAGCUGUUGGCUUCAGGUGCUAAUACCCGUCUUAAAUUGGGAAAGACGGCCCUCCAUGUAGCUUUAAAAGAGCGCAGCAAAAAGGCAGCAGAACUGCUUGUCGAGGCUGACUCGGAAAACAACAUUCAAGAUAAGGAUGGAAAGACUGCAUUACAUUAUGCAUCAGAGCGCGAUUAUGAAGAAGUUGUAAGGAAGCUGUUGGCUUCAGGUGCUAAUACCCGUCUUCAAGACGAAGCGGGAAAGACGGCCCUCCAUGUAGCUUUAAAAGAGCGCAGCAAAGAGGCAGCAGAAUUGCUUGUCGAGGCAGACUCUACAAACAACAUUCAAGAUGAAGAUGGAAGGACUGCAUUACAUUAUGCAUCAGAGUGCGAUUAUGAAGAUGUUGUAAGGAAGCUGUUGGCUUCAGGUGCUAAUACCCGUCUUCAAGAUGAAGCUGGAAAGACAGCCCUCCAUGUAGCUUUAAACGAGCGCAGCAAAGAGGCAGCAGAAUUGCUUGUCGAGGCAGACUCGGAAAACAACAUUCAAGAUAAGGAUGGAAAGACUGCAUUACAUUAUGCAUCAGAGCGCGAUUAUGAAGAAGUUGUAAGGAAGCUGUUGGCUUCAGGUGCUAAUACCCGUCUUCAAGACGAAGCGGGAAAGACGGCCCUCCAUGUAGCUUUAAAAGAGCGCAGCAAAGAGGCAGCAGAAUUGCUUGUCGAGGAGUGCGAUUAUGAAGAAGUUGUAAGGAAGCUGUUGGCUUCAGGUGCUAAUACCCGUCUUCAAGAUGAAGCUGGAAAGACGGCCCUCCAUGUAGCUUUAAACGAGCGCAGCAAAGAGGCAGCAGAAUUGCUUGUCGAGGCAGACUCUACAAACAACAUUCAAGAUGAAGAUGGAAGGACUGCAUUACAUUAUGCAUCAGAGUGCGAUUAUGAAGAUGUUGUAAGGAAGCUGUUGGCUUCAGGUGCUAAUACCCGUCUUCAAGACGAAGCGGGAAAGACGGCCCUCCAUGUAGCUUUAAAAGAGCGCAGCAAAAAGGCAGCAGAACUGCUUGUCGAGGCUGACUCGGAAAACAACAUUCAAGAUAAGGAUGGAAAGACUGCAUUACAUUAUGCAUCAGAUCGCGAUUAUGAAGAAGUUGUAAGGAAGCUGUUAGCUGCUGGUGUUAAUACCCGACUUCAAGACAAAUCGGGAAAGACGGCCCUCCAUGUAGCUUUAAACGAGCGCAGCAAAGAGGCAGCAGAAUUGCUUGUCGAGGCAGACUCUACAAACAACAUUCAAGAUGAAGAUGGAAGGACUGCAUUACAUUAUGCAUCAGAGCGCGAUUAUGAAGAUGUUGUAAGGAAGCUGUUGGCUUCAGGUGCUAAUACCCGUCUUCAAGAUGAAGCUGGAAAGACGGCCCUCCAUGUAGCUUUAAAAGAGCACAGCAAAGAGGCAGCAGAAUUGCUUGUCGAGGCAGACUCUACAAACAACAUUCAAGAUGAAGAUGGAAAGGAGUGCCUUACAUUAUGCAUCAAAGUGCAAUUAUGA